AUGAUAAGGUAUGAGUAAUUGAUUAUUAAUAAUAAUAAUCUCAGUGAAAUUAAGUUUGAUAUGAAACAGAAAGUGAUUCUGAAUCUUGUGAUUGGCAUACAGAUGGCAGAGAAUACUUUGUUCAUAAUUGACUGCAUUUACUCGAUAAUUUAUUAGCAUUACGAAGUAGUUCAAUUAUAAUAUGAAAGUAUGUUGCCAUGGGCACCUUAUGUGUAUUAAUGAUAUUAUUUUUGCUUUUCUUGUUGGGGAAUACAAAAAGUAAUAAUGUGACACUUAAAUGUAGUAACCAUAUUUAACAAUGAGAAUGCAAUUGCUCAUCAAACAUGUUUAAAUUGUGGAAGCCUUGUUAAUGAUUUCAAAUGCAAGGAAUGUAAAAUAUGUGUGAAUUGUAAUGGUAAAUUUCACUCAAAUUACUUGAAUAAAUGUUUAGAUAAAAAUUAAUUAUAGUAUAGAAUACUCAAUAAUAGAAAGAUACAUUUUCAAGAACAUAUCGUUAUUGGUGCUUAAAUGUUUAUUGUGUACAUUUGUAAGAACAUAUGCCAUCAUCUAAUAUAUGGAGGAUGACACAAAUCUAUUUGUUGUAAGGAAUUGUCAAUAUUAGGUGUUCUAUAUCAGUUUAUCUGGAGGUGUGUUGUUAGAUUUGACUAUUUCUAUAUUUGUAAUAGUAAUUCAACUACAAUUAUCAAAAGAACAAAGCAAAAUCUCAAACCUCGAUAAAAGAGGCGAGGAUGAAACUGAUAUCAAAGUUUAAUCCAUUGUGUAGGGUGGAAGCAAUGGCAGUCCUAAAUUGAAUAAAAAAAUGAAAAUAUUGGAAUUCUUGGAAAAGAAAUUGAGUCAUAGAAAUAAUUUUGUAAGUGGAAAACAGAUGUAUGAAACUGAACCAAUGCCUAUAAUGUUUGAAGAGAAUGAAGAAAGUGCAGUCUAAUCUCAAAUGAAAUAGUUACAUGGCAUUGUUCCAAUGACAUUGACUAAUAUAAUUAAAUAAUAAUGAGUUCGUACCGUAAAAAUUGUUCAAAAUCAGAAAUCUCUGUCAAUGACACUUCCAAUAAUAUUAAUGUGCCUGUGCUCCAACAAAUCAACUCCCUGAAUUCUUAACCAAUCAUGUAAGUUCGAAGACCUACUGAUUUAAAUAGUUCUCUCAAUCCAAUCGACUCUCCACUUAGUAUUAGAACUUCCAUUAAAUUAGAAUAGGCACUCAUAAUCUGUAGAAAUCACCACUUUGUACACCAGGAGUAUUGGAUGGCAGAGCAACUCAAUUGAAUCUCAUUAAUGAAGAAUCAAGUGUGAAUGAAUAAUCAGAUCAUAAAGCUUUUGAGAGUUUAAUAAAAGAGAAACCCCCAAAUAUCAAUGACAUCAUCAUCAGAGAACCAAUUCAUUGGAGUUAGAUAUUUACACAUCCAGGUACAUCUAGAGAUGAUGAUUAAUGUAACAAAUUCGGUAUGUAUUUGGGAGACAAAGCCUAUACUGAAGAAGACAAUAAAUAAGAUAUCCAAGUAAAUAUCAAACCCGCUUUUAUUAUUGUUCAAAUUAUCCUAUACAUCUAUUAUUUGUAUUAAUUUCCACUCCUCCUUUGUGGAAUUGCUGGCUCUGAUUAUCAAUAAACAUAUCAGUUGCAAACACAACUUCCAUUAUUGUUUAUAAACUUCAUAUUGUUUAUUUUGAACACCUAAGGGACUGCAUAAUUUAUUGAUUACCUGCCAUUGACUACUUUUAUUCCCUUUAUUUGCACAUUAAUCGAUAUCAAGUAUUCUUAUCUAUCAUAUUAGCCAAUAAGUUAUUUUCAUGCAAAUCAUACACGUAGUUACAAUCUGCAAGUUCUAUUGCAUAUUCAAACAACUGCUCUCAAUUUCUAUAUGUUUAAGAAUAUACUCGCUAUAUUUCUUUACUGUAAGGAUAUCACAAAUUCAUUUCUUUUAAACCAUAUGUGGAUUCCUGCUAGUUACUACUCAAGGCAAUUAACAAUAAUUGAAUUUGGAUGAAUUUUAUCAAAAUUAUUGCAGUUUGAUCAACAUUCUAAUUAUAACCAAUAACCAAUCUAUUCUAAUAUAUCCAAUCAAAAUUAUAGCCAUCAUAUUCAUUAUCUAUUAGUUCACUCUUAUUGGAGAAUAUGUUAAUUAUUUGUUUAGAAAUUAAAAUACAUUGACCCAAGGAUUAAUUGAACUCUCUAAAAUUAUCCAUUAAUUGCCAUUUCAUCUCAGAUAUGAAAGUUUAUCACUAUCAGAUAAAUAAAUUUUAUCAAGAUUGGAAACCAGGAAUCUUAUAGAUUAUGACAGACUUCCCCAUCAAUUAUCAAAUAAAUUAUUGAAUGCCUAAUAUUCCAAAGUCUUAAACAAAAUACCAUUACUAGAAUAAUUUUUAACUUAAAAAACCAUCUCAAACAUAUUAAUGAAUGCCACCAAAGAAAGAAUUUUAGACCCCAAUGAAAUUCUUAUUUAACCAAAUUAAGAAAAUAAAUUUCUAUAUUUCAUUCUAUCUGGAAAAGUCAAAUGUUAUUAACAAAGAGAAAAUACGUAAUUCCCAGUAGAUAUUAAUGAAAAUGGAAUUUAUAAUCAGCAAGGCUUCUUUUUAGAAUAAUAGACUGAAGUUGGUGUGUAAUGUGUCACUUGUUGUAAGAUAUUAGAAAUCAAUUCAGAGUAUUUUUGGAAAGAGGUCAAAAGAAGUAUUACUGAACUUGAAAAAAUAAAGAUGGGUUUAGAUAGAGUGUAAUUUAAUUAGGAAUUUGAAUUAAUUGCUGUUACAUGUUAAGUAUGCAAAGGACAUCAUUUAAUCAACAAUUGCAAGAAGGCUCAUUAUAUACCUCCAAGAUAAAUAUUAAUGGACUUUAUUUAUUUUGAUGAAAUCAACAAACGAAAAAAGUAUUAAAGAGUAAAUAUAUUUGCAUUAAAUUUAGAAAAAUCACACAAGAAAGUUUAGAUGUAUGAAAAAUAACAUUAUGAUAGAAUAAGUUGUCUGUAAUGUUAGACAUCUAUUGCUCUAGCAAUCUGACACUUUCAAACCUCCCAAGACCAUUACAAGCAUAGGAAUGUAAUCAGAGUAAUAACAUUCUGAAUAUUCUGAUGAAGAACACAAUAGAAUGUCUUAGUAUGUAUAAAAUUUGAGUCCUGUCUAAUAUGUAAACCAAGUUGGUAGCAGUGCUAGUUCUUAUGUCUUAAAAGAAUUAAAGCAGCCAUAACAAAUAAAAUCUCCUAAAGAUAGUGUUAUGGUUCAUUAAAAAAGAUAACAAGAGAAGAGAUAAUCUCAUGUAACCAAAAUUGAAAAAGGUUAGAAAUUAAACUAUUUUAGACUUAAGUCCAUCUAUAAUUAAAUAUGCUACAAUUUAAGAUAAAAAGAGUUAAAAAUCAAAAUCAAUUAUAAGUGAAGAUUAUGGUAAUGGAUUAUUGCCAGGCUCAGAUCAUAGAUAAUUUUCACGAUAUGGCAUACAAUCAUCUAAAUUUACAAAUGAAACAGCAAAGCAAUUUUUGAGUAACCCUUUAGAUAUGCCAUCAUAUGAUAUGAAUUAAUCUAUGGAUAAAAAUUGUAGCUACAAUGAGUAUUAUCCUAGAAAUAAUAUAGAUUUGGUAUUAUCUUAUACUAUUACAAGGCUCUUCUCUCCUAUAAACAAUAUCAAGACAGUAUUAUAUCAAAUAGGAGUAAUUAAAAUGCUUGA